UGAUGUGUUAACACGAAGCUCUGAGCUCAUCCACUCCGGCGAGUUAACGCGGCUAGUGCGGCCCGGUAAGAUGCAGCAACGCAGCUACUUCCUGUUUGACCACCAGCUGGUGUUCUGUAAGAAAGACGUCCUGCGGAGAGACCUGCUACACUACCGUGGCUGUAUGGACGCUGACCUACUCGAGCUGAUCGACCUGCCUGAUGGACGGCACGCUGAGCUGGGCCUCCUGAAGAACGCAUUUCUCCUACGGCAUGCAGAGAACCUGAAUGUUCUGUGUGUGUUGUGCUGCAAAAAGUGCCAGGACAAGCAGCGAUGGCUGCAAGCAUUUGCUCGAGAGCGCAGACGGGUACAGGAAGACCAAGAGAUGGGGAUAGAGAUUACUGAGGCCCAGAGGAAGCAAGCAGUUCACAACGCCAGGAAAUCUAAACAAGGAAAAAUUAAAAAAAUGAAUUAUUCUGAUCAUCCUGUGCCUCCUCACCAUCAGCCGCUACAUCCUCUCCAUCAGCGGCAUGUGACAGUGCCAACCAGCAUCCCCCAGCAGCAGGUCUUCUCUUUAGCAGAGCCAAAGAAGAAGCCAUCUCACCUGUUGUACUCGUUUGCACGCAGUGCCCUCUUCAGGAAAUGA